UUGGCGCCAACUCGAGUUAGUGAUCAAACAAUUGCAGUCGUGAUUAGACGGAAGAAUUUCGAGUUCCCUCUACUUCAAAAUAUUUCAAAAUAAAAAAUUUCGGACAUACCUUGUGACCCAUACUAACACAUCACCUGAAUAUAGCGUUCGUCAAAGAUGUCGCCCAUUAAAAUUAAACUCGAGUUGCCGUUUGACUUCCAGCCCGACCCUAUUCUUCAAACGGCCACUCCGGAGCAACGCGCUAUCAUCCUGACGACAGGCUGUGUGGCUUUGAAGGCCCUGCUGGAUGAAAAAGAUUCCCUUACUAACGAAGAAGCAUACAAGAAGGCUACUGCUAAAUGGCUGGGAGAAAAGUCCCAAUUAGAGGAGAUGGCAGAGAAAGAGAAGAAAGAUAUUUUGGCUCAGAAAGCUGAUGAGGUGAGUCAACUCAACCAAAAACUGACCGAAACUGAAACACUGCUUGCCAAUGCAGAAAUAAAGGCCAAAACUUUGCUCAAAUCCCAAGACGCAAAUAUUCUAGAAGAACGCAACCGCACCCGCGCUCAAGUGGAAUCUGAAAAAACGGCCGUGAUUGAACAACUCAAAACCGACCUGGAAAAGGCCAUAGAUGCUGCAGAGAAGGCUUCAUCUGAACUUGACGAAGCUAAGCAGAAGGCUGCUGAAGCUGCCGUUCAGGCGGAGAAGGCUAAAAACGAAGCAGUUAAUGCCGAAGUUCAAAAGGUCCGUGAAGAGUUAAAUCAAGAAUUGAAAGAAGAGCGCGAUCGCAAUCGCGCAUCGGCUAUCCGUACCAACAAAUCGGUCCUGAUUGGAAGAGAUAAUGAGGACGCUUUCGCCCAGCUGCUUGAUCAUUCGUUUGGCAUAGGUGGCCAGCACCACUACAGGAGACUUCCCCAAGUCAAAAAGUCUGGUGACCACCUGAUUGAGUGGAAAGAAAUCAAAAUAAUGUUCGAAAAUAAGAAAUACUCAAAUUGUGUGCCCACCAAAGAGGUGGACAAGGCGAUAAGGGAUUUCGAGUCGAACAAGAAUUGCGACGUUCUAGUCUUUGUCAGCGAGGAUAGCAGUAUCGUCAAGCGCCAGCGAUACUUUGAUAUCACUCAUGUCGCUGACGGGCGACCGGCCAUCUGGAUCGGCGAGUUCAGCCGCAACGAAGACAGGAUCGCUCAUCUGCAGUUGGUGGGGCAUGUGGCCGAAAAGCUGGUCAGCUUAUUGCAAAAGCGCGAAAAUGGCGAGGAGAUUGUCGACUACCAGAACAAAGUGAAGGACCUCAUCCAAUCCUUCAAGGACACCAAAGUUGAUUUAGACAACCUGCUUAAGCUGCAGAAGACAUGCCAGCGUGAACACAAUGCUACAUGGAAUAAGAUGAAGCUCGAAAUAGUGUCGGUGAUUGCUCGCAUUGGUAGCCGUCAAUCAGACGCAAACGGGAAUAAUAAGGAAGAAGAUGAUGGAAAAACCGGUGCUCAAGCCAAUUCAGAGCCCAAAGCGAAGAAGCCAAGGAAAACACCAAUGAAAAAUUGGGCCCCGCAGCAAUCAAAGAAUUACACAAUGUUGAACUAUGUGAACAAGAGCCCCCUGCAAGUAUUAGCGUCUGGACAUCAGCAGCCUCAACAGCAGGAGGGAUCGAAGGGAUUGAGCGCCGAAGUCGGUGACAACAAAGCCAAGCUUAAAUUAUAUUUUCAGACGAACCAGUAAUAAUAGACGUGUGUGACGUGUGACAAUAUAAUUUUUUUUUAAUACAUAAUUAACUGGCCGCG